AUAUGACGUCACUGGUAAGGUAAUGUCUCGCAUGGCGAUUUUUAACCGCCUCUGUCAAAAUAAUGGUCAAAAUCAAGCUGAAAGAAAAGUAUCAAUAUCAACUAGUUUGUACUUCAGUUAAAAGUUAAACAUAAUUGAUCAUGAAAAAGAAGUUUCUUGGAAAUUCUUCUGUUCGGUAUCAUAAAUUGACAAAAACAGAUGAAGGAUUUAUUGACUUACAGUUUCAGAAACCCAAGCCAAGAGUUCCAUAUCGAGGAAUUCUGUUAGCUGCUUUCCUUUUCAUCGCUGGAGGCUUACUAAUACUGAUUGCUGGUUUGCUAUUUACUGGCCAUAUAAAUGGAAAACAUGUCGAAGGAGCAUGGCCAUUGUUAAUCCUUGGAGCCUUGAUGUUCAUACCUGGCAUUUAUCAUGUGAGAAUAGCUUAUUUUGCAUUCCGUGGAUAUCCAGGUUAUGUGUUUGAUGACAUUCCUGAUUUCGAUUAAAUGUUUACAGUCAUCUGAACAUUUAUACCUUGAUAAUUGUGAUUUCAUGCAAGCAUUUCAUCCUUUAAAAAUUCCUAAAACUUAACCUUUCACUCAUUCUUCUUCCAUUUCAUGAUUGGUAGUUCACUAUGAAACUGUAUGAAGUUACCCAGUUUGUAUAUUUUUAUCUUGUGCAAUGUUACAUGAAGAAUAAAUUUUAAUCUGUUAGA